CUUUCCUCUACGGAAAAGCAGAGUCUCUGGAGUCCAAAGCCAGUUUCGAGAUUCAACAGAAGGAGAAGCCAUGUCAGAGACCGACGUGCACGGAGAAGCAGUCGACUGGGAGUCCGAAGACGAGGAUUCCGAUGAUUCAGAAGAAGAAGAAGAAGAGUACACGUCGCCGUCGCAGCCACCGUCUUCGUCGAAUUUCGAUAAAGAUCGACACUUGGUGUAUCUACAGAUGAUGUACGAGUUGCUACCGCACCAUUAUCAAUCCCAGGAGAUCAAUCGUCUCACACUCGCUCACUUUAUAAUCUCGGGGCUUCACUUUCUCGGCGCAACAGACCGUGUUGAUAAAGAUGUAGUUGCGAAGUGGGUUCUGUCUUUCCAGGCCUUCCCUAGUAACAGAGCUUCGCUUAAAGAAGGUGAGUUCUACGGUUUCUAUGGUUCAAGGAGCUCCCAGUUUCCUAUAGAUGAGAAUGGGGAUCUGACUCACAACAACAGUCACUUGGCAAGCACAUACUGUGCCUUGGCUAUUCUUAAGGUGAUUGGGCAUGAUCUCUCGACCAUCGACUCUGAAUCAUUGUUGUUGUCCAUGAAGAACCUUCAACAAGAUGAUGGAAGCUUCAUGCCUACCCAUACUGGAGGGGAGACGGAUCUUCGGUUUGUAUAUUGUGCUGCUGCAAUCUCUGACAUGUUGGGUGAUUGGAGUGGAAUGGACAAGGAGAAGGCUAAGAAUUACAUAUUAAACUGUCAGUCAUAUGAUGGUGGCUUUGGGUUGAUCCCUGGUUCUGAAUCUCAUGGUGGUGGUACUUACUGUGCUAUAGCAUCCCUUAGAUUGAUGGGGUUUAUUGGAGCUGAUCUGCUGUCAAAUGAUUCUUCCAGUUCAAUACUAGACCCUUCAUUGCUUCUCAACUGGAGCCUGCAGAGACAAGCCAGUGAUGGUGGAUUUCAAGGAAGGACGAACAAAAGGAGCGACACAUGCUAUGCAUUUUGGAUUGGAGCUGUACUGAAACUCAUAGGAGGCGAUGCAUUCAUCGACAAAAUUGCUCUCCGACAAUUUUUACUAAGCUGCCAGUCCAAGUAUGGUGGGUUCAGUAAAUAUCCUGGAGCUUUACCGGAUCUGUAUCAUUCAUAUUAUGGUUACACUGCUUUUAGCUUCUUGGAAGAACCAGGAUUGAGUCCUCUAUGCCCUGAGCUAGGGUUACCACUUCUUACAGCCUUGGGAAUCUGAAACUUGAAACUUCUCAAGGUUCACAUUCUUUUAUCAACCAACUGUAACUUUUAUUUACCAACUGUAACUUUUAUUUAUUAAUGAUUAUUGGUUUGUGUA